UUUUAGUGGAGACGGGAUUUUGCCAUGUUGGCCAGGCUGGUCUUGAAUGCCUGACCUCAAGUGAUUUGCCCGCGUUGGCCUCCCAGAAUGUUGGGGUUACAGGCAUGAGCCACUGUGCCCAGCCAGGAUGCUGUUUUAGAAUUCAGCCCUGGUUUGUGUGCCUUAGGAAGUGCUACAUAAGCUUCAUGAGUAUUACUACUAUGGGCAGAUAGAGAGUCACAUUUUUCAGGGUGUAAGUUUCCUUGUAAAAUGAAACUAUUACCCUUUACCCAACAGGCAGCUCGGCCCACAUCUGCUUUUCUGGGUCUAGCUAACACAGGACUACUAUGGCAUUUCGUGGCAGUGUUGCGUGUAUGCAGUUUUCUCAAGUGUGCAGGAGCAUAUGGGAAUUUCAGGCUAGGAUGGAAUGACUUCUAGGCAUGAGUAUGUGGUUAGGAUGGGCAGCUCUGGCUUCUCAAUGCCUUCUUAAUUUUCCACUAGGGUUUUUUUCCAGAGAACCAGUCUGCCCUUUUGAAGAAAAGACGAAGGUAGAAAGGAUGGUGGAGGACUACCUGGCAAAUUCUUAUCAGGAUUCAGUGACGUUUGAUGAUGUGGCUGUGGAGUUCACCCCAGAGGAGUGGGUUUUACUGGACACAACUCAGAAAUACCUCUACAGAGAUGUGAUGCUGGAGAACUACAUGAACCUGGCCUCUGUGGAUUUCUUUUUCUGCUUAACUUCAGAAUGGGAAAUACAACCUAGAACCAAACGGUCAUCACUUCAGCAGGGUUUUUUGAAGAAUCAAAUAUUUACUGGCAUACAAAUGACAAGAAACUACAGUGGAUGGAAACUCUGUGAGAAUUGUGGAGAGGUCUUCAGUGAACAGUUUUGCCUUAAGACACACAUGAGAGCUCACAAUGGAGGGAACACUUCUGAGGGUAAUUGUUACGGAAAAGACGUCCUCAGUGUGCACAAGGAAGCCUCUGUUGGACAGGAACUUUCCAAAUUUAAUCCAUGUGGAAAAGUUUUCACCUUAACUCCAGGCCUUGCUGUACAUCUUGAAAUUCUCAAUGGAAGACAACCAUACAAAUGUAAGGAAUGUGGAAAAGGCUUUAAGUAUUUUGCGAGCCUUGAUAAUCACAUGGGAAUCCACAUUGGAGAGAAACUCUGUGAAUUUCAGGAAUGUGAGAGAGCCAUCACACCUUCCUCACACCUAAAGCAGUGUGUAACAGUUCAUACUGGAAGGAAAUCUGAAAAGACCAAGAAUUGUGGGAAAUCCUUCACUAAUUUUUCUCAACUUUCUGCACAUGCGAAAACUCAUAAAGGAGAGAAGUCCUUUGAAUGUAAAGAAUGUGGAAGAUCCUUUAGAAAUUCCUCAUCCUUUAAUGUUCAUAUUCAGAUUCACACUGGAAUAAAACCACACAAAUGUACAGAAUGUGGGAAAGCCUUCACUAGAUCAACUCACCUUACUCAACAUGUAAGAACUCACACUGGAAUAAAACCCUAUGAAUGUAAGGAAUGUGGCCAAGCCUUCACUCAAUACACAGGCCUUGCUAUACACAUACGAAAUCACACUGGAGAGAAACCCUAUCAGUGUAAGGAAUGUGGGAAAGCCUUCAAUAGAUCUUCAACGCUUACUCAACAUAGAAGAAUUCACACAGGAGAGAAGCCUUAUGAAUGUGUUGAAUGUGGGAAGACCUUCAUUACUUCUUCCCAUCGUAGUAAACAUUUGAAAACUCACAGUGGAGAAAGGUAAAUGCAAGAUAUGUGGGAUGGCACUUCUGUAUUCCUCACCCCUAACGUUCACCUGCAAAUUCAUACCAGAGAGAAACCCUUCGUAUGUAAAGAAUGUGGGAAAGCAGGCCGGGCGCAGUGGCUCACGCCUGUAAUCCCAGCACUUUGGGAGGCCGAGGCGGGUGGAUCAUGAGGUCAGGAGAUCGAGACCACCCUGGCUAACACGGUGAAACCCUGUUUUUACUAAAAAUACAAAAAAUUAGCCCGGCUUGGUGGCGGGCACCUGUAGUCCCAGCUACUCGGGAGGCUGAGGCAGGAGAAUGGCGUGAACCCAGGAGGCGGAACUUGCAGUGAGCUGAGAUCAUGCCACUGCACUCCAGCCUGGGCGACAGAGCGAGACUCCGUCCCCUCCCCACCCCAAAGAAAAAA